UUUUUCUCUCCUCGGAUUCGUUUUUUUAUAUAAUUUUUCCUAUAUAUGGGUUCUGUUACUGGGUAAUUGAUUAAUCUUAAUAUUCAAACUGAAUAACUUGUUGCGUUGUUAGCAGCUUUUUUUUGGUGUUAUAGAUCGAAAUUCCGUAACUUUUUUAGGAGUAGAGGUUGUUUGGUUUCCGAGAAAUUGCAGGAGGAUCAGAGUAUAUUCCAUUGACGGCGAGCUAAUUUGGCGCGUCAUUUUUUUGUUGUCUUUUGGGUAUUUGGGAAUGGAUGAUCUUUGCGACAAAAUGGUACCCAAGUUUCCAGCUUUGAAUGUUUCGAAGAUUCUGGCAAAAGACGGGGAAUCAUAAGACGCACGGGCAUUUUUUUAGCUAGUUUUGGAGAUUGGAAUUAGCAUCCAAUGGAUAGGUUGGUAAUGGCAACUGCAACUAUGGCUACAGCAGCUGGGGCAGCUGCCCUUUUGUAUUAUACAUUGAACCGGAAAUUGCUUGCGGGAGCAUCUGAUGUCGACGAUGAGAAUUCAGAUGCUGCUUCUAGUCAUGCUUCGUUGAGGAUUGAUCGUGUUUCGCAUAGACUAAUCCAAGCUCCUGCAACUUGGUUGGAGACGAUCUCUACUUUGUCCGAGACCCUUCGUUUCACUUACUCCGAGACUUUAGGGAAGUGGCCUAUUGGAGAUCUUGCUUUCGGGAUCAAUUUCCUGAUUAAGAGGCAGGGACUAUUACAUGUGGAUCGCGUCUUUGGUGGUGAAGAUAGUAUAGAGCUCAAAGGAGCAGAAGUAGCCUCUGAACUCAGAUAUCUUUUGCACUUGUUGACUCUAUGUUGGCAUUUCUCGAAGAAGCCUUUUCCAUUGUUUUUAGAGGAAACCGGCUUUACCGUGGAAAACGUUCUUAUUCAGGAGCCCAAGGCUGGGAUUUUGAAGCCGGCCUUUACAGUUCUAAUUGAUCACAGGACCAAAUGUUUCCUUCUGUUGAUCCGUGGAACCCAUAGCAUCAAGGAUACAUUGACGGCGGCCACAGGAGCGAUUGUACCGUUCCAUCAUACCGUUGUAAACGAGGGAGGGGUCAGCAAUUUGGUUUUAGGGUAUGCACAUUGCGGAAUGGUGGCUGCUGCUCGGUGGAUCUCAAAGCUUGCUACCCCUUGUCUCCUCAAGGGUCUUGACCAAUACCCUGACUAUAAAAUUAGGAUAGUAGGACACUCUUUGGGUGGUGGCACAGCUGCCCUCUUGACAUACAUAUUGCGGGAGCAGAAAGCUCUCUCUACAGCUAUCUGUGUUACAUUUGCUCCAGCUGCUUGCAUGACAUGGGAGUUGGCGGAAUCAGGGAACGAGUUCAUCACCUCUGUCAUAAACGGAGCUGAUCUGGUGCCAACGUUUUCGGCAGCUUCAGUGGAUGAUUUGCGUGCCGAGGUGACAGCAUCGGCAUGGCUGAAUGACCUGAGGAAUCAGAUAGAAAGGACCCGAAUACUAAGCACUGUGUACCGCUCAGCCACGGCAUUGGGUUCGCGCCUUCCUUCCAUCGCCACUGCCAAAGCCAAAGUUGCUGGUGCCGGCGCCAUCCUACGCCCUGUUUCUAGCGGCACCCAGGUUGUGAUGAGAAGAGCUCAGAGCAUGCUGACCCGACCCACUCUAAGCUUAUCCUCUUGGUCAUGUAUGGGACCCCGACGCAGAGCAACCGCUGUUCAUUUGAACCCGAAUUCCGAAAAUCGUUUAGAUUCCAUCGGACCACCGUCGUCCUCGUACCAACCCGAGACUUCUGAUCCUCUUCUUAGCCCCGACAUGACUGCAGUCGUCACAAGUACAUCCACCAUAGAAACCGACCUUUCUUGUUACCGAGAAGAAGCGGGCGAGCGACUUGGAGCCAUCGAUCUCGAUGAAGGCGACGAUCCGACAGAUAUUAACACCCGAGAAGAGCGGAUGACGGAAGCCGAGCUGUGGCAGCAACUGGAGCAUGACCUGUACAACGAUGCUUCAGAACCCGAGUUGGAGGAGACCGAGGUGGCCAAGAAGAUGAAAGAAGAAGAGGAAGCCGCCAUUGCGGAAGCCGGCGUAGCUCCGUCGGAAAGCCAUGCCACCGACAUGAAAGAAGCUCGCAGAUUCUUCCCGCCGGGUAAAAUCAUGCACAUUGUCACGUUCCGACCCGAGGCAGCCGCCGCCGCCACCGCCACCGCAGCUGAGGAGGAUGAAAACGAGGGUUCUGCCCCUGACCCGACGGAGGAGGAGGAGGGUAAAGUAGGGAUAUUUCAGACACGGAGAUCAUUGUACAGUAAGGUGAGGCUGUCGCAGAGGAUGAUAAGCGAUCACUUCAUGCCUGUUUACAGACGGAAAAUGGAACAGUUAAUACGAGAGCUGACCGAGGAACAUGCUUCUGUUUAAAC